UAUAUAUUCUUCAGGGCAGGGCUCACAGUACCCGUCCAUAGUGUCAGUGUCACAGCCAACAUGAAGACAGCCGCCAUUUUAUUAUUAGGCCUCGCCAUCGCGAGAGCACAGAAAGAAGACUUCAAGUGCCCUGAUGACUAUGGUUUCUACCCCCACCACAUUUCCUGCGAUAAAUACUGGAAAUGUGACAACGGUGUCGCGGAGCUGAAGACGUGCGGCAAUGGCUUGGCCUUCGACGAUACCGAUCCCAAGUACCUGAAGGAGAACUGCGAUUACCUCCACAACGUCGACUGCGGGGAGAGGACUCAGCUCGAACCACCAGAGAGCACACCACAUUGCCCAAGGUUGUACGGAAUCUUCCCCGAUGAAGGAAAAUGCGAUACCUUCUGGAACUGCUGGAACGGUGAAGCUAGCAGGUACCAAUGUUCUCCUGGACUCGCCUAUGACAGAGAAUCAAGGGUGUGCAUGUGGGCUGACCAGGUUCCAGAAUGCAAAGGCGAUGAAGUUGCAAACGGAUUCAACUGCCCAGCCCCAGGCGAAGCUAACAACGCCGGUUCUUUCUCAAGGCACGCUCACCCCGAUGACUGCAGGAAAUACUUCAUCUGUUUGGACAGUACCCCAAGGGAGUACGGUUGCCCAAUUGGAACAGUAUUCAAAAUCGGUGAUGCCGACGGCACAGGAUCCUGUGAGGACCCAGAAGACGUUCCUGGAUGUGAGGACUACUAUGGUGAUGUUGAUCUUAAAGCAUUGAGAAAGCUAGGACUAUAAGAAAUGUAUAAAGAGAAAUCAGUGUUACCUAGUCUGAAUUCUUGUCAAAAGAAGAAGAAAAGGAUAUUGUUAUUAUUAUUUGGCAAAUCAAUAUAUCAAAUAUUUUUUCUAAUCAUAGUUUACUUAACAUUAUUUUGUUUAUAAUAGAUAUAUUAAUCAUUCAUUUGCCUAAAACAAAAGAUUCAUACUUCUUUUUCUUUGACAAAAUAUAUUUUUAAUAAGAUUAAGUUAAGUAAAUCAUAAAUGAAUUGUCAAUUAUAAUUCAAUGCUAAGAUUUAUCUCUUAAGAAGUUAAUUUUCAAAUAGUUCAUCAUAAUGAAUGUUGCACUCUCAUUCAAUCUAUUUGUGCAUAUUUUUUAUUUUCAAUAAAGUAUAAAGCUUCAA